AGGACGACCUCGAGUAGAGCCAGGUUUAGCGGUAAAUUAAAAGGAUCUACGAAGCAACGUUGUGAAUUUUAGCAGUUAAUAUAGAGGACAUUAUUUUGUUCCGCUGUAGCGGUAUUUAUUCUUUAAGGAAUAAAAUUAAAACUAAAUUUUCUUCUGCAAGUAUGCGAACAGUCUAAUCCAAUAAUGUUAUCAAGUGCCACGAAGCAUUUCCACAUAUAGCUGUAUGGAUUACAUUCUAUUAUGACAUCGGUAGGUGCAACUUAUCAGUAUAAAAAUGAGCAGCAAAUAAUUUAACUUUCGUGAAGACGUAUCUCAAUCGUAUUCGUGUUGUGAAUCAUCCCCGUUUUUGUUGCAGUAUACAUAUGUAUUAAUGUCAAAGUCAUGCUUACGUCGGUCAAUAUUGUAUUGGAAAUCUUAUCAUCACAGGCAUAAUAUGUUCUUUCAUACGGAAAGAUGUUUAUAUGUACAAACAACAUCGCAAUAUUCAUCAUCCAUUAGGGGAUUUUUGUCGUCAUUAUCUUGUUGUUCAAUAGUAACAAAUCAUAGAAUGGGAAAUAUCUGCAAUUAUCUUUGUCCUCCAACUGGGAACAGAUUUUUAUCCACCUCUGAAUUAAGAACUUCACGUCAUGAUUCUGAUGUGAAAAUUUUAUGUGAUAAUGAAGUUGUACCGACAACAUCCUCCUCCUCAGCAGUAAACGAUAAUUAUGAUGCUGCCGCUUAUGAUGAUGAUAAGCAUAGGAAUGAACAGCAGCCAUCAGUUGCUAUUCGUGAUAAAUCAUCCGCCAGGCAUAUGCAAAGAUCAUCUACUACCGGUGUUCACAGCAGUCAACAGAGAUUACUUUCACAGUCAUCGGCGCCAGCAACAGCGAAAACACCGUCUUAUCCAUCUCAAGGUCCAAAAGUUGUAAGGGAAUAUGUGAAUUUCCCUUUUCUCACUGAUAAUGAAAUUGGAAAUUGGAUUACAAAUUGUCGUUUCAUGUUUAUACUACGUGGACCACCUGGAGCAGGAAAAUCAUUUAUUUCUGAAUGUAUACGGAUACGUUUUCCUAUGGCUAAGGUUUGCUCUGCAGAUGAUUUCUGGUAUCUAGAAUCCAAUGGCUUUGAAUAUCAAUUUGAUAUUAAUCGAUUAAAUGAAGCUCAUGAAUGGUGUCAAAAUAAUGCAUAUACUGCUGCUGCCUCUGGUCAUAGUCCAAUUAUUAUUGAUAAUACAAAUGUUAGAAAUUGGGAAACACGUUAUUAUACAGAUUUAGCACGUCGUUUUAACUAUUUUGUAAUAAUGGUUAUUCCACAGACACCAUGGCGUUUUGAUGCAGAGACAUUGGCGAUGCGUAAUGUACAUUUUGUGAGUUUAGAAACAGUUGAAGCUAAAGUUCGUAAUUUUGAACAUAUUUAUCCAUUGUAUUAUGGUUGGUUUUGGUCUGGACCACCGAGUGAAUUAAGCCAAAAGCAGAAUACAUCAUUAAAUGCAUCAUCAACUAAAAGAUGGAAAAGUUCCACGAAUUCGAAUCCAUGCAUUGAAGUAGAUCGUUUUCUUCAUUGGGCUUGGAAUGCACUGAAUACUAUAAUGGAGCUUCCUGGUAUACGUGAAGAGUUUGCUAAUGAAUUUGGCUUACCAGAAGAUGCAACUGUACAUAAUGUGUUAAGUCAUUGGGAAUCUGCUACAAUACCUGAUUUCGGUACAGGUUUAAAGACAAGCAAAUCAUCUAGUAUCCCGCAUAUAACAGCUAAAUACUCGCGAUUUGGACGAGCAUCCGGUGCAGAACGAUAUGCUCUACGUAGAUCUGUGACUGAAAACCUCCUGGGGAAAUUAUUUACAAUACAAAUUACUGGCUUAGUUAUCAGUACGCGUACAAUAGGCGCCAGGGUACGACUACCGAAUGAUGAAGUUGUGAUUCGACAUCUUUGGGCUUCCGAUGAUCAAGAAGUUGUCUUCCCAGAUAACUGUGGUAUAAUGCCUAUGAAUCGUCCAACUGGUUGUCGUGCCCAUGUUACAUUGGCUUUAGCUCCUGGAGUAUCCCCGGCGGAAACUGGACGUGAUCUUCUACGUGUUGUAGAUAUGGAGUUGAAUAAUCGACCAGGUGAUCAUGUAGCUAUCAUGAAAAAUGGUUCUAUUCGUCGCCUUAUCAUACCUAAACUACAAUUGAACAGCUCACCUGAUCAUCAAUUCACUCAGACAACAAUGGUGGGCAAUUCAAAUAAUCAUUAUCCGCAUGAUGGUAAUUAUUGUUAUGCGAGUAAUGGUGUGCCACAGAACUAUGUACCAGAUUAUGAAACAAUUUAUGUAUAUGACUUAGACUUUCCACAGCAUUAUCGUGUAGCUUUUGCUGCUUCAUACUGAACUAUGUCAGUGUUGUUUUUGCCUUCACGAAUGGAAGAAUGCACAUUAGCUCAUUACUACUUCUAUUAGUCGGUGAUUUUAUCGUAAACACGAAGAUUUCUUCAUUCCUACUAUUAUUACUACUACUGUUAUUAUUAUUAUAAUUAUCCCUCAAGCAGAUUGUUGAUAGUUGGUGUAUUUAUUUACUUAUUUUUUGCACUAUAUAUAUAUAUAUAUAUAUAUAUAUAUAUACUCAUAUGCAUAUAUAUAUUUACUAUCUUGUCAUUCCACUUUAUUUUUUACAUUUUUGGAGUUUUUUUUUGUUAGUUCGUUCGCUUCCUUUCUUUCUUUCUAAUUUCAUAUAAUUCUUGGGUUUUCUUUUUCUACCUCACCUUGUACAUGCAUUUAGGCAAUACAUUUGGAAGUACUUCUAUAUAUAUAACUUCGUAUCUGUAGGGGGUAAAGAUUACCUUAUGGGAAUUAUAUGAAGAUAUAUGUGUUG